GCCCCUCCCGCCGCCGCCUCACGGCGCUCUUCCCGCCGGGCGGCAUGCGGGGCGCUCGCAAGCGGUUCUGUUCCGCCCUGCUCGUCGCUUACGGCCUCUUCUCCCUGUACGCGGCCUACACCGUCUUUCUCCGACCCCGCCGCCCGGCCGCCUCCCGCCCGCCGCACAGGGACCGCCGCGGCCCGCGAGGUAUCGAUCACGUUCCUUUGGGAAAUGAAGAGUGGAACCCGUGGGAAGCUGAUGAGAGAAGUGAACAGGUUGCGGCUCAGCAGAGAUACGAAAAUAUUCUUAAGCUGGUACAAAAUGCAAGGUCUCAGCUAGAACAAACCAGGCUCAGAGUACAGAUCUGGGGAAAAGCAGCGAUUGGCCUUUACCUAUGGCAGCAUAUUUUUGGAGGGCAUCUUGAGCCAGCUGAUGUAACUGCGCAGUGGAGGGAAGGAAGCCAAAAAGCAGGAAAAACACAUUUCAGCUUCAUCACUGGUCCAUCUGUAGUUCCUGGCUACUUCUCAGUUGCAGCUGAGAAUGUGGUGCUAGUUCUGAAUGGAAGAGAAAAAGCAAAGAUCGCUUACGCCACUCAGUGGUUGCAUUAUGCACAAACGUUGCUUCAGACUCGCAAGAUACAGCGUGUAGCAGUUGUGCUGCUUGGGAAUGAGCAGUGCAACAACGAAUGGAUUCAGCCAUACCUGAAAAGGCACGGAGGAUUUGUAAAUCUGCUCUUUGUGACGUACGACUACGCAUUGGUAAAUGAAGAAGAUAUUUUCCAGUGGCCUUUAGGAGUAGCCACCUACAGAAAUUUUCCAGUUGUAGAGCCCAGCUGGUCAAUGCUACACGAUCCAAGGUCGUAUCUCUGUAAUUUUUUAGGAACAGUUUACAAGAAUUCUUCUAGAGAAACCCUGAUGGAAAUUCUGAAGCAGGAUGGGCUUGAUAAGCUUUGCUGGAUUGCAGCCAGAGAACAGUGGCAGCCUCAGGAAACAAAUGCAAGUUUCAAAAACUAUCAAGAUGCCUUGCUGCAGAGUGAUCUGACGUUGUGCCCAGUGGGAAUAAAUACAGAAUGUUACAGAAUUUAUGAAGCUUGUUCAUAUGGAUCUGUGCCUGUUAUAGAAGAUGUAAUGACACUUGGUGAUUGCAGAAAUUCAUCAAUGUACCACAGUGCUCCAUUACAGUUAUUAAAAACCAUGGGGGCUCCGUUUAUCUUUAUUAAAAACUGGAAAGAGCUUCCUGCUGUUUUAGAGAAAGAAAAAAAAAUGAGCUUACAAGAAAAAAUUCAAAGAAGAAAAAAACUUAUAGAAUGGUAUCAAAACUUCAAAGCGUGGAUGAGACAGAAAUUCAUUAAUACUUUGGAAAAUUCAUUUCUGCCCAGCGAUAAAGGAUAAAUGUUCCAUGUUGAAAAUCUAGAAUAGAUUGAAAGCUUAAUUUCAUUAACCUUCUGAGGAAGCUUUUAUACAAAAAAAAAAAAUCCCAAAAGGUGGGUGCAUUCUGUUUGAAGUCAACAGAUUUGGGCUAGCUUAACCAAGAGCUAUGUUUGGCAUCAGUGACAAUUUUCAGAGAGGAUGUUGAUUUAGAGGGAUGAUAGUCUGUAAGGAUAACAACAAUUUUAUGGCUGUUUUGUAAGUUCUAUGUUGAUGUGUGACGUGGUAAUUUUUUUUAAGGAAACCAUCUUUGAGCAUGUGAGCUUGCUAAAAUCCAGCAUGAGAACAGCAGUUGUUUCUGAAGAAGAGGAAGGGAAAGCUGUAUUGUUCAGAAUGUGUUAUGAGACCUAAAAAAAAAAGUAUGGCUGUAGCAAAAUUGCCAGGUUUAGCAGUCAGUAAUGGAUCUCCUGGUAAGUACUGACUUUGACAGUGUGAACUGCUUACCUGAUUGAUGUGUUUCAUUUCCAUGGAAGUGGUCAUAAAGCUGAUUAAACACUGUGGAAUAAAAACGUGUAUUUCCAGGUGAAAGUGGAGAACUAUUUCGUCGCAAUCUAUUUCCUGUUUAAUUUCAGAUAUGUCUUUAAUUUUCAAAAUGUCUUUCAUUUCUCUUUAGCUUUAGGAUGAACCUUUCUGAAGCUCUGCUAAUAGGGCAUUUGUUCCCUGCAGUUACAGCUGCAUAUCCUGAAUGUUUGGCCUUAAACAUGAACCUGCAUGUCAUUUAUCUGAUUACUAAAAAUCUGCUGCAACUUGUCAGCUCCAGACAGUGGCAGGAAUACAAGCAGUGCAUGUUUGUGACACUACAGACACAACAAACAGAUUUCAUUAAAUGUAGCAAAAGGGAUCUGUUAUUGUUCUCGUGCAUGAGAAAUGAGUAUUUGCUGUUAUCUUCUGUGUGUUUGGCUGCGCUGUUUUUCUGCAUCACAGCACUGACAGAUGUAGGGUGGUGUAGUUUUGUGUCUUUGAGUGUUGGUAUGCCAUAUCAGUUCGUUCUCCGCAGUUUAAAAGCCUGUACUGGUGAAUAAUAUUCAUUAGUGUAAUGAUACUAUUUAGUUCUGGAGCGUGUCAUAUGAGAGCAUUUCUGUGCUUCUUUUCAGGUUUUCCUGCAUGCUUUCUGUUUAAAGAAGAAAACCACAUAAAAUCAUUGGCUUCACUGACAGUGGGUGAUACUCACAGUGGCUGUUCUAGAUCUGCAAUUAUGCAUGUUUCAGACCACCUGGAUUUUGGGGAGCUUGCAUUCCAAGUGCAGUUAAUAGAGAAACAGAUGUUCUCAGAAGACAAGUAAACUAAAUCCAGAUGAUCUGAGCUGUAUGUCUAAGAUAGUUUUCCUGUGACUGUCACCCUCCUGUUCUGUCUGAAGCACUGUGCAAUUGCAGUACAAUGCAUAUGUAAUCCUUUCAGCUGAGACUGGAAAUAAAUACAGCUAUCACCAUUCAGCACAGAGUUGAUGAACCCUGCUGAGAGGAGGAGCGGGAUGAAAUUUCCAGUACAUUUCCAUCCUGAGGAUCUGAGAUGGCCAUCUGCACCGUAAUAUGCAGCAGUAAGAAGGCCAGAGAAUGGUGCUCACUGCAGUAGUGAAGUGUCAUAGCUGUAGUUUCCCUCUACUAGAACCUUUCCCUACAAGCCGUAGUACUGGGGAGUAGUGAUCCAUAGCAGCAUUUUUCAAACUGUAAUCAGCAGUUCCCUAGGCACUGGUGGACAAUUUCAAUAGACUACCAAAAACAGAGAGAGUCAGCCUAGAUUCAUAUCUAAGGUUGGUAGGUAACUCCUAGAAGAUGUCAGUGGUGUGCAAGUUGAGGUUUGAAAAAUAGUUCAGUAUGUGAUCACCUGUAGUGUUGUUCACAUGUUUCUAAGUAAAUAUGCAAGCUUAUUUCUGAACUCGUGGCAAUUACACCUUAAGGGAGGGCAGUAGGUGCAUCAGAGUUGAAUUCUGCAUCUCACUUGCGUGUUCUUGAAGCUCAAAGUGGAGUAAUUUUCACUUCAUCUAUGUUUAGCCAAGUCUUAAAGAACUUGCUUGAGAGUAGCCCUGCUGAGAAGGACUCAGGGGUUCUGGUUGAUGAAAAACUGAACGUGAGGCAGCAGUGUGUGCUUGCAGCCUGGAAAGCCUAUGGUAUUCUGAAUUCCAUGAGAAGAAGGGUGGCCAGCAGGGACAGGAAAGUAAGUGUUCCCCUCUACUCUGCAUUUGUGAGGCCCCAUCUGGAGUACAGCGUCCAGGUCUGGGGCUCCCAGCUCGGGAAAGAUGUUGGAGAGGGUCCAGAGGAGGGCCACAAACAUGAUCAGAGGGCUGCAGCACCUCUGCUAUGAAGGCAGAACGAAGGACCUGGGCUUGCUCAGCCUGGAAAAGAGAAGGCUGCAAGGACCUCAUGGCAGCCUUCCAGUAUUUAAAGGGAGUUUAUAAAUGUGAGGGAAGUCUCUUUUUUUUUUUUUUUUCUUUUUCUUUUUUUGCAAGGAUAGAUGGUGAUUGGAAUGGUUCUUUGAGGAAAUGGUUCUUAGAGGGAAUGGUUCUUUGAGGACCCUUCCAGCCCAAGCCAUUCUGUGAUUCAUAUUCACCUUCUUCUGUCCAAAAGAAAUUAAUGCUAGAAGUUUUUUCAUUUUAUUUCUUUCGUUAAUGAAGCAAAGAGAGCAAACCCUGGUCAAGCCAAGAGAGACUUCUUACACUGCCAAACUUAUGAGAGAGGUGCAUGUUCUGUUUUAGGAGUUAGCCCUCUGGUUUGAGAUUGUGAUGGUGAAGUAAGGCUUUGCAGGGCACAACCAAAUGUCCCACUGCUAUCAGAAAGUGAGUGUGGAGCACUCUCGAGCCUUUCUUAAAUCAAGGAUGCUGACUGUAACAUCACAUACUGUAUGGAUGACCAAGUUGGCAGUAAUUUGCAUAUGUGUUGAUUUGUGCACUGAAUACUGGUAGCUCUAGCAUUUUCAUUAUCAGAGAUAUUCCCUACUGAAGAAGACUUUACAAAUUAAGCUGGAUUGCCUUGCUAUAAGAGGAAACAGCUAGCUUCUCACGAUUUACUGUACUUCUGUCUCUCUUACAUAAUUCUGAACCCAUCAGGAAUAGCUGUGAAUGUACACUGUAAGCUGUUUAAAAGGUCAGCUCCAGAGCAAUGUGUUUCCAAAAAAAUGUUACCAGUCCUUGUAGCUGUUGAUAAUGCUGCAGAUAAGGCAGUGGCUUGCAAAGAGUCAGGCUCCUGAUUAUUGGCCAGUAUUGGACGUUAAAGUUGCAUGUGUUUCAGUAUUUAGGUAUUUCUGUAUUUUUAGAUACUGUCUUUCAAUGACUGAAAAUUAUAUGAGUGCUGCAACUAGAAGUUUUAUAGAAGGCUUCGCCAUAGGAGUUACUAAACAUGAAUGUGCUGGUAUCACCACUUUUUCUCUUACCAAUACACAUGCAAAACCACAGAAAUCAAAUCCUGUUUCUUCCUAGCAAACUUUCUAAGUUAGUAAAACCUCCAGAGCUGAGCAAACUCAGCAGCUGUGGCAGCAGCUUCCAUUCUACAGAGACCUAAAGUAUUUCCAGAUAUUCUUCCUACUGCGAUGGGAAAUGAAAGACAACAGAAGAAGAUUAUACUGAUUUUGGCAUGUUUGUGAAGACUAGUGAUGGGAGAAACUAAUCUACUUCAAAUCCAAAUCCAACUGUGCACUGCAGAACUUGUUUCCAUGAAAACUGCUACCAUAAAGCAUGUUGGGACUGGUGUUUUCCAAUAGCUAAGAAGGAAUCCAAUGUUUAUGUAAUGAUGUGAAUCCUACACAAAGGAUUUGAUGAAUCAGCCAGAGAAAUAAAGCUGAUCUGAUGAAAA